AUGAGGGAUACCUUCAAUUGUAUGUACAACAACGGCUACAUCGACCAUGCUCGACUGAGAGAGAACAAGACCAUCUUUGCUGCCAGAAUGCAUUAUGUGGCAACCGAAGAGUUCUACUCCAAGGCAGCCAUUUUUAAUCCAAUAUCCAUUGAGAGCACUACUACAAUCAAGUCAAUUGGGCAUUCUUCGAUUGUAGAUUCGAUCACCAUGACGGAAGAAGAAACAGGAACCUUGUUUGCACAGGCUAACUGUAAGUUUGUUCUUAUUUGCAACGAUAGCAAGAAAUCUGUUCCAUUGCCCGAUUGGUUUGAAGAAAAAUACUCAAGACCAAAUUUGGAUAAGGCUACAAUUCUGAUGAGUAAAACGCCAUCGAUGGUAGUACCCAAGCAGGCAUUUUCACACAAAUUGCAGACUCGUCAUAGCGACAUUGACAGUAACGGCCAUGUUGCCACCCAAGAGUACUUCCGGUUUUGUAUUGAAUGCGCGAUGGACGCUUCCAAGGCAGGAUUUUACCGCCAGUUCGUGUCAGAAAUGUGGCUGUAUCCUGUUUUAGAGGCAGAUGUUACAUUCUUGGGUGAAAGCAGAGAGGGAAUGGCGUUGACGAUCCUCACUUGGCAGUGUGAAAGUAAUGCUUCCAAAAUGUAUUUUGUUAUUUUGGACGAUAAAGCCAAAAUUUUCGAAUGUUCGUUCCUAUUCAGUGAAAAGAAACUAAACCCAAUACAAGUCAAACUGUGA